CAGUUGUUAUUUUAUUAAAAAAAAAAAAACUUGUAUUUUCAAGUCUUAUGUGGAUGUAGUUGUUUUGUUUGCAAGUGAGUGAGGUGAGGAGGGAAGAGCCUGUGGAAAGAAGCAAAAGUGGCACGCACACACACUCUGGAACUUUUUUUUUUUUUUUUGGGGAGAAAUGCACCUCCAUUUUUAAGCCACUUUGAAAAUGAAUAAAUCAGAUUCCAUUGAUAUUUCUUUUAUAUUUUAAUAUUCCCCAUUCAAGAUUUGGCUUCAGCGUCAACCAUGGCAUCAUCAACCGUAUCAGUUGUUGAUUCCCUCUUUCCCUCUCGCUUUCAUUUGUCUGGAGUCGAGUUGGGCUUCAAAAAGUUGUCUUGGACGGCCAGGAUUUCAUUUUAAAACCCACCAAAAGGACUGUGAGCUGGGAGUGUGGGGUCACAGCUUGGAAGCGGAAUCUUCACUCGCACAAUAAUAUGGAAUCAUAAGCAGUCAAAACUCUAACGAGAGUCUCAGAUUAUUACUAUGUGAGAGAGGGAGAAGAGUUUAUUUCUUCUUGUGGAGGUGAUUUCCCGAGAACUAGCCUGUUAAAAGGUCUGCCUUUUAUGAGAUUUUUGUUUUGUUCGUUGCUCAUGUUUCUCCUCCUCAGACAUUCAGACAGUAUAUUUUUCGGUCCUGGGUUCUGCUCCACCAAAACAGGCUACGACCAUAGAAAAUUUGGAGACUGAAGAUCUGAAAUCUUCCUAGAUAUUGUUGUUUAGAAAACUUCAGGUGGAAUUAGAUCAUCUUUUGAAUAGUAGACCUUUGUGAAAUACACCAGAAUAGUAACUUCUAAGAUUUGAGGACUUACCAUCAUGGAAGACCACAUUUUAUCACCAGGCACUAUGCUGCUGGGUGCUCAUGCUGAUUCAACUAUGGACUUUGACUACAUGGAUAAAUUAUUGUUAGAAGGAUUCAGGCUGGAAUCAAUAGACGGAUCUGAGUUCUUUAAUCCUAGCUCCUCUAGUUCUGCUGCUUGUGUUGAUUCUUCAUUUCUAUGGCCUGCUUCAGAGAUCAGCAAUGGCAAUUUUGCUUCCAGUAGAAGCAAUCAAGAAGAUGAACACAUACUGUUGCCCAGGAUUGCACCCCCAAAUGAAGCCCAUGGCAGAAGUCUGGUCACUGCUCAGGCUCAUGGCGAGGACAUAGGUAGUGCCUACAGAUUGGGAGAUAAUACAGUUGAUGGUUCUGAAGUAAGCAGAAGAUGGUGGAUUGGACCAAGAACAAGUCCAGGAUCUAAAACUUCUGUCAGGGAUAGAUUAAUUAGAGCACUUGGAUACAUUAAAGAUUUCACAAAAGAUAACAAUAUCCUUAUACAAAUAUGGGUUCCAGUAGACAAAGGAGGUAGACGUGUUCUAACAACUCAUGACCAAUGUUUUGCACUUGUUCCCAACUGUCAAAGGCUGGCAAAUUACAGACACGUAUCCAUUAACUAUCAAUUUUUGGCCGAGGAGGAUUCCAAGCACAUGGUGGGGCUUCCUGGUCGGGUUUUCUUGGGUAAGGUUCCUGAGUGGACUCCUGAUGUUCGAUUCUUUAGAAGUGAUGAAUACCCACGAGUACAUGAUGCUCAACUGUGUGAUGUACGUGGAACUCUGGCCCUUCCUGUUUUUGAACAAGGCAGCAGGACUUGCUUGGGGGUUAUUGAAGUGGUAAUGACCAAACAAAAGAUAAAGUACCAUCCUGAGCUUGAGAGAAUUUGCAAGGCACUUGAGGCAGUCAAUCUUCAGAGUUCUGAAGUGCCAAGUUUGCAGCAUGUAAAGGCAUGUGAUACGUCCUACCAAGCUGUAUUACCUGAGAUCCAUGAGGUUCUGAAAUCUGCUUGUGAGACGCAUAAAUUGCCAUUAGCUCAAACAUGGGUCCCAUGCAUCCAGCAGGGCAAGGGAGGGUCCCGACAUUCUGAUGAGAACUACUAUCGUUGUGUUUCGACUGUGGAUCACGCUUGCUAUGUACGUGACUCUGGUGUCCAGGCUUUUCAAGAGGCUUGCUCUGAGCAUCACUUGUUAAAAGGUCAAGGAGUUGCUGGAGAAGCGUUCUUGACUAACCAACCUUGCUUCACAAGUGACUUAACUUCAUAUGGGAAAACUGAAUAUCCUCUUUCUCACCAUGCAAGGAUGUUUGGUUUGCAUGCUGCUGUUGCGAUUCGCCUGCGAAGUGUGCACACUGGUACAGCUGACUUUGUGCUGGAGUUCUUUUUGCCUGCAGAUUGCAAAGAUCCAGAGGAACAGAAGAAGAUGCUUACUUCAUUGUCCAUCAUUAUACAAGAGGUAUGCCAGUCCUUACGGGUAGUAACAGACAAAGAGCUAGAGGAGGAAAAUGACUUGCCAAUUAGUGAAGUUUUAGCCCUUUCAUAUGGAACACCUCCUGAUGAAGAGAUGUUUAGGGUGACACAGCCUUAUUCUGAAAGUUAUCAUGGAGAUAAUUUAUCCUGGAGUGACAGUUUCCCAGGGAUCCAACAAAGUGGAAGUGCUGUCUCAUCUUUUCAAAUAGAGAAGCAAAAGUUACUCAUCCAUGAAAAAUCUGUGGACUGCAGGCAAACUCAAGAAGAUUAUAGUCCAAAGGUGAGUGUUGAAUAUGGCGGUGAUUCUGCAAUUGCUGAAGGUAGCUUUUCAAGUGUCUGUGUGAGUAAAACAGGAGAGAAAAGACGAACCAAGGGGGAGAAAACAAUCACCUUGCAAGUUCUUCGGCAAUAUUUUGCUGGGAGCUUAAAAGAUGCUGCAAAAAGUAUUGGUGUUUGCCCCACAACCUUGAAAAGAAUAUGCAGGCAGCACGGAAUAAAACGAUGGCCUUCUCGAAAGAUCAAGAAGGUAGGCCACUCCUUACGGAAACUCCAAGUUGUGAUUGACUCUGUCCAAGGUGCCUCUGGUGCUUUUCAGAUUGAUUCCUUUUAUACAAAAUUUCCUGAGCUAGCCUCUCCAAAUUUAUCAAGAAGCACUCCACUUUCAACCUCAAAGCAGCUUGGUCAUCCAGAGUCAUCAAGCAUACAACCUGAGGGAGGCAUCUUUAGCUCCCAAGUAGCUGCACCAAAAUCACCCUCUUCCUCGUCCAGUCAGAGUUCCAGUUCAAGCCAUUGCUGUUCUAGUGGGACAGAGCAACACGCAUCUACACUCACCAUUCCCACCUGCAAAGAUCUUAUGCUUGGGGAAAACUCAGGUAAUUGUGUGUUAAAGGGGGUCAAAAGUGAUGCAGAGCUGCAUGUCUCUAUUCAAGAAGAACAAAACCUGCUGCCAAGAUCUCAAAGCCAGAAAUCUCUUUGGGAACAGCCUAAUUUGGGGAACCUUCCGCCACUAGCUAAAAGUAGCAACCGGAUAUGUCAAGAGAUUGAUGGUCAGAGAGUGAAGGUCACAUAUGGAAAUGAGAAAAUAAGGUUUCGCAUGCCAAACAAUUGGGAGCUUAAAGAUCUAUUGCAAGAAAUUGCGAGAAGAUUUAAUAUAGAUGAUAUACAUAAAUAUGAUCUGAAGUACUUGGAUGAUGACUCUGAGUGGGUGUUAUUAACAUGUGAUGAUGAUCUGGAGGAGUGUAUUGAUUUAUGCCAAUCAUCUCAAAGCCACACAAUUAAACUCUUGCUGCAAAUUUCUCCUCACCUCUUGGACAGGUCUACAAACAGCCGUGGCCUUUCAUGAUGUUAGUAAAAUGCCUCGUACCAAAUCAGAUUGGAACUUGGAAGUGGGUUGUACUUUUAGAGUUGAUGAGGUUCUCCGUUAAGUCGACAGUAGCAGUUGGAAUGUUGAAGCCUUGCAGCAGACUACUGAACUAUGAACAUAGGAUCCCGACGGCUGUGUUGAUAGAAUGAUGCUUAUGGAUUGCAGUUGGAACUUGGAAUGCUGUUUGAGAUCAGGUAUUCACUAUCGUGAAUAGGAUUGCAAAAUGACGACUAAACAUGAUAGGAAGUUUGCAGCCUGACAGAAGUUGAUGAUUUUGCUUCUGUUCUGUGGGGAUACUGUCUGUACAUUCGAUUGAUUGGGGGGUGGGGGUGUGAACUAAACCUAUGUCAGGUGUAAAAUGUCCUAAUCAAACUUAAAAUGGAGGUAAAAUUUUUUGGACCGAAUGUGGUGUAUCUUGAUAAAUAAGUUCCUUAUUUCGCUCUUUUUUAAUUUUCAUUCUUUUCCUUUUAUUUUA